AUGGCUGCCACGGACGAUGGUUUGAAGAAGCUCGAGUACCUUUCCUUGGUUUCCAAGACGGUGGAUGAGUUCGACACCAAAUUAAAGAAAAAGGGUGCCGAGAUGCCCGAUUACUUUGUCCGUACACUCCUCACUAUCAUGCAAGCUAUUCUUCCACCGAAGCCAAAGCCUGAGAAGGACUCGAAGAAAGAGAGCGCUUCUGAUGGUAGGAAGACCAAGUUUAAGGCUUUGGCCGUCGCCAAUAAUAAAGAUAGAGUCAAGGACAUCGAGAAGGAAAUUGAGAUGGAGACCGAGGAAAAGUGA